GGCCUUAAUAAAUAUCUACAAGGUGCAGCCUAUGCCUGCAAUUAAGAAAGUUGGGAUUAGUUUGUUUUUUACGUUAGUGGAAUAUGUGUGUGAUGAAACUCAACGCAAUCCCCCCACGAGGCAGUUCUUCACAUCCUGCAUUGAGAUUCUAGGUCAAGUGUUCAUCAGUGGGACCAAGUCGGAGUGCAAACGUCUCCUCCAGACGAUCCUGCAGAAUCGAAGGCUCUGUACCCUCCUUUCUCCUUACUUCACUCCAGUUGCCUCUCCCAGUGAAUUUGUGACUUUAUAUGAAAAAGUCGUAGCCUUUCUGAGUGAGGAUAACAGCGAUGUUGUCUUCAUGCUGCUGACAAAGUUUGACCUUACACAAUGGUUGAAUGUUGCUAAGCCACCUCUCUCUGAACGUACCAAGCUUCUGGAGUCUAUUCAUUUGGCUCUCAAUGCAUGUGGCCUUGAACCUGAAGAAGAUAUUUUGAUGCCAUUUAAUAUCUUCUGCAAGCAUUGGACUAACCUUCUCCAGUAUCAAUUCCCUGAUCACUAUAGUGAUUUCCUAAGAUUGUUCGUGCAAAGCUCAUCAGAGCAGCUCCUAAGCCCUGACUGUUGGAAGGCAUCGCUUAAAGCUUUGGGAUGUGGUUCACCGGUGACUGAACAGGGAAGCUUCAAGAAAAGCGAUUCUACUGAAAGUCCUGUAUUGCGGGAUGCUGCAAAAAUUCUCUUCUCUGCAGAACAGGUUAGAGAGACAAUAGAAUGGCUUUCCACAUCUUUCUGCAAACUCCGACUGGCUUCGAUGGACUUCAGGACUUUUGGCCUGUUUUCAAAAUGGAGUCCUUACGUGGCUGAAGUGAAUAAAUUUCUGGAUUAUCUUAUUAAACGACUUAUUGACACCGAAGUUGCCAAUUUAGCCCAAGAGCCUGUUGGCAGUAACACGAUUCUAGCAGCAUUGCAGUCCUUGUAUUCAGACAUUGCUGGACUCUUUAAACCGUGGAUACUGGUCUUGGAUAAGGAAGAUGCAAGUAACCAGCCCUGCUACCCUUGGUUAGAGAGCGACACUCCUGUAGCAGCCACCGUGGUCAGUUUGUUUACAGAUUGCAUCAAGCUUCUGCAUGAGAGCUUUAAAGAUAAGCUGUUGCCAAGCCACCAUGGGGCUCUGUGGUUACAUCUGAUGCAUUACUGCGAAUGUUGCACAGCCCCCAAAAUGCCAGAGUUUAUUCUCUAUGCUUUCCAUACUGAGUUCAGAAGGCUUCCGUGGAAGGAAAUGCAUCCAGACCAGAUGCUUAUGGAAGAGUUCUUUAAAAUUGAAAGAGGCAGCCCCAAGAGUUGUUUCUUAUUUUUGGGUUACGUUUUAUGUGAGAUAAACUGGGUCAGUGUCCUCUCUGAUGCCUGGAAUCCCAGCCCUCAUCCUCAGACUCACAACAUGAUUGUCUGUUUGCUGUAUAUGAUGGUCCUGUUGGCAAAGGAGGAACAACUUAUAGGCAAAGAGGAAUCGCCACUCAUAAAUCUUCUUGGACAGACCAGCUCCCUUCCUUGGCAGCUUGUGGGCAUUUCAUCUUAUCAAAGCAUCAUCAGCUACUGCAACAGUCACUACCCUCCCUCUGUUAUCCUUGCUAAGGAUGCUGCAGCUGAACUGAUAGUGAAGCUUCUGAAAAUUUCAGCAGGCUUUGGUGCAUCUUCCGAUAGUCACAUCCACCUUGAUGCAACACUGAAGUGCCGAGCAUACAUUCGCCAGGUGGUUCAAUUUCUCAGCACCUUAGAACAAAGCGGAAAGAUUACUCUUGCGGUUUUGGAACAAGAAAUGUCCAAGUUGCUAGAUGAUGUAGUCAUCUUUAAUCCUCCAGACAUGGAUCUGCAAACACGUCACAUGGCCCUCAGCAGCCUCUUUACGGAAACGCUGAUGAUGAUGAACAAUUCCAGCGUUACGACGGCCGAGUCGCUGCGGGGGAGCUUGCGGAAGUGGAUCGGCGGGAAGGUGCGCGGGUUGCUCGCCAUGCCCCUGCUCACGGCGGCGUGUCAGAGCCUGGCUUCCGUGCGGCACAUGGCAGAGACGACAGAAGCCUGUAUCACUGCUUAUUUCAACGAAGAUUAUCCUCACCACCAGGAUUUAGGCUGGGGCCCUAUACUCGCCUCCCUCCAAGUUCCUGAGCUAACCAUGGAAGAAUUCCUGCAGGAGUGUCUGUCUUUAGGAAGCUACUUGACCCUUUAUGUCUACCUGCUGCAAUGCCUAAACACUGACCAAACUCUUGCCAACGAAAUGAAAAUCCUGCUAACCAUCAGCAAAUGGCUGGAGCAGGUAUACCCAAGCUCAGCAAACGAAGAGGCAAAGCUGUUUCUUUGGUGCCAUAAAGCCAUGCAGUUGUCCUUGAUCCAGAUGGAGCAAGGUGACACCGUUCUGAUUGAAUCUGUCCUUCGGACGCUGCUGUCAAUCCAGGGCAGGCAGAGUCAGCUGGCUGAAGAGAGGCUGACUUCUGGAAUACUUGGAGCAAUUGGGCUGGGCAGGAGGUCUCCUUUGUCACCCAGGUUUCGUGUGGUUGCCCGCAGUUUGUCUGCGUUCCUCUUGGUGCAGAUUCCUGCAGAGAAUCAAGUCCGCCUGAAAGCGGGGUCAGAGCCGAAGCUGUCGCAGAAGGCCCAGCAGGCGCUGAGUGCUCUUGAAACUAUGGCAUCAAACAAGCAAUAUGUGGAUUAUCAAGAGCAGCUCUCCCAGGCUUCUCAGUUCAUCAAGCAUCCAGAACACUGUCUUCGAGAUGGCAAUAAUCUCUUGGCUCUCCUUAUUAACACUCUGUACCCAGAAGUGCAUUAUCUGGACAGCAUACGAUAG